ACUCGCUCAGCUCGGGCGGUCUCAGGCCCCGCCCUCGCCCCUUCCCUGUCCCCUGCCACGUCCCCGUUCCCGCCCGGGGGGCCGGUCGCCACCGUUCCCCCCAUGGCUCUGAAGAGAAUCCACAAUGAAUUGAAUGACCUGGCCCGAGACCCUCCAGCACAGUGUUCAGCAGGUCCUGUUGGAGAUGAUAUGUUUCAUUGGCAGGCUACAAUAAUGGGGCCAAAGGACAGCCCCUAUCAGGGUGGAGUGUUUUUCUUGACAAUUCAUUUCCCAACAGAUUACCCCUUCAAACCACCUAAGGUUGCAUUUACAACAAGAAUUUAUCAUCCAAAUAUUAACAGCAAUGGCAGCAUUUGUCUUGAUAUUCUGCGGUCACAGUGGUCUCCAGCACUAACUAUUUCAAAAGUACUUUUGUCCAUCUGUUCUCUGUUGUGUGAUCCCAAUCCAGAUGAUCCUUUAGUGCCUGAGAUUGCUCGGAUCUACAAAACAGAUAGAGAAAAGUACAGCAGAAUAGCUCGGGAAUGGACUCAGAAGUAUGCGAUGUAAUUAAAGAAAUUAUUGGAUAACCUCUACAAAUAAAGCUAGGGGAACUCUGAAAGAGAGAGUCCUUUUGAUUUCCAUUUGGCUGCUUUCUAUGAGCCCACGCCUCAUCUUCCCCUGUGCACAUGUUUAGCUGACACAGCAGUGCUGCGUGCUGUACAUACGUGGAACAACAAACUAGAAAUACUGUACUUCUGUACCAACAUUGCCUCCUAGCAGAGAAGUGUGUGUGUGAGAAGCCAGUUCUCCGGGCGUGACCUAGGUGUGAGACUAAAAGCUUUCCUUAUUGACCUAAAUUUGGAUAAUGGCAAGAUGUGAGGGGUAGUGGGUACACAGUGUGUGCUUGGAUGAGAGGAACAAAGCUCCAGCGACCCGUAGGAGAUUGUUCUUAAGUGGAAUCCAUCUAAUCUCCAACAGUCAUACAAAGCAGGGUGAAGAAGAAGCUGUCUGUGUUCAUUUCACCCUGAAGGACCUACAGCUUAGGUAGAGGCUAUGACCAAACAGAUUAAACUCUGCCUGCGUGCUGUAUUUUUAAGGUCUAAGUUUAACUGAAGAACGUUUCAAUGGACUGGAGCUGUUAGUACAUAAAGUGUGGUGGGCCUUGUUCCCAGCACUUUCACGUCGCCCUGCCCUUUCAGCCUUCUUCAUUUUAGCCCCUUUCCAUAAUCUUUGGUUUGUAUGUGGUUUCUCAGUUAAUACAUAGCUAAUAGCUCUUAUUUUUCUUAUGUUUUUAACUGCUUUAGGCCUAUUUCGAUGUAAGGGUGAAAAUUCAUUUGAUGGAAAUACUUGUGUAUAUUUAAAGACCCAGUUGCUCCUCUGGAGCUUGUACGUUAAGAAUGAUUAAUCUGUGUAAUAAACUGAUUACUACAGUCAUUAAAAAACACACACACACACAAAAAAAAAAAAAAAAAAAAAAAAAACAAAGAAAAA